AUGAAUAGGAUGUUUGAGGAUAAGGUCUUCGUCUCUGAUAGUUUAUCCGGGCUGAGUCAAGCAUCCACGGGAAUCGCGAUGAAGGUGCUACGAGGUACCGCGUGGAGGCAGGCACGAUCGCUGCUCCUCCCCCUCAAGCCGCUCUCGUCCCGUGUCCCGCGGCAAACCUCGGCUCUUGCCCCAGGUUUGAUAUCAUUCAACCAUCUCUACACUGAUCAGUUGCAUCAUCACAAUCUCAACAACACUAUGUCGAAAUCGAAGACUCAGUCAGACCCUACGCCCACACCAAAGUGGCAGUCGGUCUCAUGGCAGAAGAAGGAUCAACAGUUCGCUCGCAUACCUAGUCAAUGGCGCUUGCCCCAAUUACCAUCCCCAAGUGUCACGAACUACCUUGGAGUCCCACGCGAGUGUGGGCUGUUGACAGACAAAGAAUUGGACAUUACAGAGAACUACGACGCUACUUCGCUGGCAAAAGCAAUUAGAGAAAGAAAGUUAACAAGCGUGGCAGUCACAACAGCUUUCUGCAAGAGGGCCGCCAUUGCACAUCAACUUACCAACUGUCUGACCGAGAUCUUUUUCGAUGAUGCACUGAAGCGAGCAGCAGAAUUAGACGCGCAUCUCGAAGCUGGCAAACCACCUCUAGGCUUGUUACAUGGCGUUCCUAUAUCCUUGAAGGAUAUGUUCAAGGUCCGUGGAUAUGACUCUUCCCUUGGUCUGGCCGCACUGUCCUUCAAGCCAGCUACAGAGAACUCAGUACUCGUGGAUCUGCUACUUAGCUCCGGCGCAGUGCUCUACUGCAAGACGAACGUUCCACAGGCUCUUAUGGCGCUUGACUCGCACAACAAUGUCUUCGGCCGCACCCUCAACCCCAUCAACACCGCACUCACUGCAGGUGGCAGCACUGGCGGCGAAGGUGCUCUACUGGCAAUGCGCGGCUCCGUACUUGGCAUUGGUACAGAUGUCGGAGGUUCGAUUCGAAUCCCUGCCAUGUGCGACAACCUGUAUGGUAUCAAGCCUAGUGAUGGUCGCAUACCAUACGCGCUUAUCGAAGGGGGUUCACUUCCUGGUGCAGCUAAGCUUGGUCUACCAGCAAGCGCAGGCCCUUUGGCGCACUCCAUGCGGGACAUGGACCUAUUUUUCCAGGCAGUGUCUGAUCAAAAACCGUGGUCAUUCGACCCGGAUGUCGUGCCAUCUCCGUGGACGUCGCUUAGCAUCCCAUCAGCGAAGAAGCUAAGAAUCGGUGUUGUAAGGAGCGACGGCGUGAUCAAACCCCUGCCACCCAUCGCGCGACUACUGGACGAGGCGAAAACCAAGAUGCAAAAGGCUGGUAUCGAAGUCAUCGAGAUGGACAUUGCCUCGCUCUUCUCGCAAUGUCAUUCUCUCGCCAAUGGCUUGUUCAACGUAGAAGGUGCGAAUGCAAUGUUUGAUCUGCUGGAGUCUGGAGAAGAACCACUGUCGCCAUGGCUGUCAACCCGACUAAAGAGAAGGAACAUGGCGCCAUUCGAAAAGCUACAGGAACUUCAUGGCAAGCGAGAGAAGCUGCGAAAAGAGUGUCUGCAGAUGUGGAGAGACAAGACAGGCGAGAUCGAUGCCUUCAUCUGCCCUGUUGCACCACAUCCUGUCCCACCGAUCGAUCGCUACAAUGGCGCCGGCUACACGAGCUCCUUUGUGUUGCUUGACUAUCCUGCAGGUACCAUACCUGUCCGCACAUUCACCAAAGCAGAUGUCAAGGGUGAGAUGAAAGGCAAGCCGAUAGGAAGCUGGGACAAAGUCAAUCGGGCUCUCUGGACCGAAGUCGAUCGCGACUUGUACGUAGGGUCGCCACUGUGCAUCCAGGUUGUAGCGCCGAAGCUGCAAGAGGAGAAACUGGUGCACGCCAUGUCCGCCAUAGAUGCAGCGUUGAAGGCGGAGCAACCACUCUCUGCAAAGCUCUAG